AUGGAGAGCUCGUCACUCAUUCUAGCCCUUCAGCUACAGCAGCAAGAUCUGGACCUCUGGGAACAGUCGAGAAAGGGAAAACAGCGCGAAGGCGAACUCACAGAUGUGGAUUUGGCUCUUGAGGCAUGUCGUCAGGAGCUUGAAGCGAUGACGGCCCAUAUUUCUGACCAUAUGUUGGCCCUCAGCAUUGCAAGGGCUGUUGACUCUGAUGGUCAGGUCAUUAGAGAAGCUCAGUUAGUUGAACAACAGGCUGCGAGAGAUCGCGAGUUUGCUCUCGCUCUUUCGAAUGAUCCAAAUGCAAGAGCAAGGCCUAUCACGGUGGAAACCGGAGAAGAACAGCCAAUGGGCGAGGAAGAGGAUGGCUGGAUUGAUCUACUGAGAUCAUUGAACCUCGGCGACUUGCCAGACUCAAUGUCGGGUCAACCUGAGUCAUCGACUUGGGCAUCGUCGCGUCUUCAUGUUCCCACGAGUACUGCCGGUCAUGUCUUUUGGGCUUGGUUCGUUCGUCACUCCAAGAUGAGAGCCUGUUUCCUCCAAGAUGCUGUGGCCAAACCAUCCCUGUCGAGCAAGGCCGAUGGUUCUCUCCACAACUCGUCGGUCAAUUUCAAGCCAGGAAACUGGAGUUUGACACGCCGAAUCGUACAUACUGUAGCGAACCAUCCUGUUCGACGUUUAUACCACCUCCCUUUAUCAAUGGUGAGACGGCUACUUGUCCCAGAUGCGCUCGAAGGACUUGCAUCCACUGCAAAGGGGCGUAUCACACAGGUGUCUGCCCUAGCGAUAUCGCCUCACAGCAAGUUCUGCAACUUGCAGCCGAGAAUGGUUGGCAGAAGUGCUAUUCCUGCUCCAGAGUUGUGGAGUUGGGUACUGGAUGUUACCAUAUGA